GACAAUGAAUUCUACACGAUAAUUCAUUAUAUUUCUAAAGAUUUGAAUAUGACAUAUCAAACACAAGAUUUCAUUUGACAAUGAAUUCACCAAGGUAAUUCAUUUUACAAUGAAAUGAAUUCUUGAUUUAUUUGAUACCAAACGGUGUGUAAAAGUGUUCAAUUGAAAUUUUGUAUGAUUAAUAGUUAACCUUGCACAUUACAAGUACCGGAAAAAUCCACAGGAGGCAAAACGAGAGAUAUUUUAAUUGCUAUAAUCCUCCUAUUUGCAAUGAAAUUAUUAUAAAUGUUAGUCAAACCAUCUAAUGACUAGUAGGAUAAUCGCUUUGCGGUUUAAAUCGCAACUCAACUGCACCGAUCCACCACCCAUCCAAUUCAAUUUGAAAAAGAAUAUGAAUGGAUGACAAAUUACAAUGAUAUCAGCUCAUUACUUAAAGAUAAAUGAAUUUAAAAUCAAAAUCCAUCCAAUCCAACCCCGUAAAUAUACUAGGUACUUCCCUUUCCUAAAAAUUUAACAAAUUACAUUUCCAUUGGGCUUUAUCCUCUUCAUUAAACAUUUUUUUUUCUUACAGUCUUUUCAUUAAACAAUAGAAGUAUUUAACAGUACAUGUUACACAUUGAAAUUGAUGAAUUUUGAGUUUAUUAGUUACUUGAACAAGGCAAUCCGAACUUGCCAAACAUUAUUUUGCGGGAAAGAAGAAGUCGAAAUGGCAGCGAGCGAGAGAGGGAGCGCUUUUGGACGGGGGAAAGGAAGAAUGGAGCAGAUAAGAAAGAGGCGUUGGAGCAGCAGGUUGGGUUUCCGUUCCCAAAACACAGUGUAUUCCAAACAUGGCAAAACUCCAUCGAUAUCCCUCCUAACCCUUCUCCAAGUUUCCGCUCUCAGAAUUCCUCUCACCCAUCUUCCCAAAAUCCAGCUAACGGAACCGGCGAGCGAAAAUCUCUCUCUCGCGCCUUCGCCCUCGCCCUCGCCCUCGUCACUCUCACAAGUCACAAGGUUCUCACUUUCUCAUGCUCUCUCUCUCUCUCGUUUUGGGUCACAAAGCGUCCGUUCUAGGGUUUCUGGCGACCUCGACUUUCAUUCGCAUGGCGAUUUUGAGUCUAGGAAUCCUGCUCGACAACGUACAUUUUCCCACUGCUGAAUCUAUCAGUCUUCAUCCUUAUUUUGGUCCCCCGGUUGCGUUGUUUCGGCAGAAUCAGUUCGCUGUGCCAUGUAAUUUAGGUUUUCUGUUUGAUAACGUAUAAUUUCCCGCUGCUGAAUCUGUCAUUCUGCAUCCUUAUUUUGUUCACCCGGUUGCGUUGUUUCUGCAGAAUCAGUUCGCUGUGCCAUGUAAUUUAGCUUUUCUGUUUGAUAGCGUUUCUUCAUUCACUUUGUGGCAGUGAUUCCCCAGCUCUUUGACUAGUGAAUGCUUGAGCUCGUUCUUAUUGUGCUUCACUUGUGCUUGAAAGGGCAGGGUUCCAGCGUUUAAAGGAAGUUGGAUUAAAUGGGGAGCCCUCCAGGGAAUGGGAUCGCCAUUGCUGACCUUGGCUUCGUAGCAAGGAAGAAGAGGAGUUGUGGAACUCGUCGGCCUUGUUCUGAGCCGCAGAGAGCCCUAGGAACGUAUGGGUUCUUUCCACCGUCCACUUCUACUCAGAAUUUAGGCGCUGGUUAUGGCGAGGAGAGUUCGGGUUUGAGCCAAAAUACGGCUGGUGAGAAGAAUGGUUUAAAGAAGCUCAAGCUGAAAGUUGGUGGUGUUACUCGUACCAUACACACUAGCCAUGCAGCUGGACAUGGCAGUGGCGUUGGUGGGUCUUAUGCAUCUAAGCAUACAGAAAAACAGUCUUUUCAGAAAUCUAAUUUUGGAAAGCAGAAAGUCUUAAAAGGAAAGGAAUCCAAUGAGAAUGAGUGUGAACCGACUCGUAAGAGUAAACGAGUUCCUAAGCGACGUAAGCUAGAUCUCGGAUUUGACGAAGAUGCUGAUUUUAUGGAUGAGGAGAUCCGUUAUCUAGGAAGGAUCAAUGCCACAAGGGUUUCUGCUGAUUGUGAAGACUACAAGAGUGUUGGAACCGGAGCAGGAAUUUUGGAAGUUACAGACAUCGGGGGAGGGAAGAGGUCUGAAAAGCUUGUGGAAGAUGAUGACUAUAUGGAAGAAGGAGCAGAAGAACUGGUAUUGAAUGAUGAACCUGAAUGUAAGAUGAACAAGUCAGGUUUUGCAGAAGGAAAAAAUGACAGAGUUCAUGUGGUGAAACAAGAUGUUUCAUUGAGAUCUGGUUCGGCAUUCGUUGAAUUCCCAGAUGGUUUGCCAGAUGCUCCAAAAAAAUCAAAGGCCAACUUCCCUGAUGUGGAGAAGCAGUUGAAGAAAGCUGAGGCUGCGCAGAAGCGUAAAUUGCACGCGGAGAAGCUUGCCAAGGAGGCUGAGGCUGAGGCUAUCAGGAAGAUUUUAGGCCAGGAUUCUGCAAGGAAGAAGAAGGAAGAAAAGAUGAAGAAACAGAGGGAUGACAUAGCUCAGGGAAAGGCUAGCAAAAGUGAUGAACUCGGAGCAAAUACAAUUAGAUGUGUUAUUGGUCCAGCAGGCACUACAGUCACUUUCUCUAAUGACGUGGGUUUGCCUCAGAUACUUAGAUCAACCCCUCGCAGCUAUCCUCCACCUAGAGAGAAAUGUGCAGGUCCGAAUUGCACGAAUGCUUACAAGUAUCGAGAUUCUAAGUCGAAGCUUCCCUUGUGUAGUCUUCAUUGUUACAAGGCAAUACAAGAGAAGAGCUACCAGUCGAGCUCGAGAUGGACGAGUUUUUGUGAUGGUGUGAAGACCAUGGAGUCCCAAAACCGAAGUGGAGCUUGCAAUCUAACCAAAGGAAGAAAUUAUUGGCAUUAGGCCGUAUGAUCUUUUCCUGACUAAGCAGGUCAAUUUUUUUGAUGGCUAUGAUUAUCUGCCAAGACUUUGUACUUGAACGAUGUAAAUUUGCUUGAAUGACUUCCAUCUGAUCGAGCUAACUAAACCGCCUUCCCUGCUUUUGAUUAAGUUUCUAUGGAGAAAUUGGGACUCCUUGUGGUGUCUGGAUUUGCAGGUUUGCUGCCUUAGGGGUCGUUUGUAAGUUACGAUUUUAAAUGAAUGAUUCUUUGAAUUCAUGUAUUCCGAAGAAUUCUUCAUUUUUUUCCAAAACUUUAUUCGAUACUGCAUUUAAGAUGGACCAUCAAAUCUCAUAUCACCCAAAUUCACUCAUUUGAAAUCUCAUUAAAAAUGUGAGAUUUUUUCUUUGAGAUUGUGGGUUUUAAUUUGUUCAACCGCAAAAAAACGAUUUUUUUUUCUUUAAAUUUUUUGAAUAGCUACAAUACAAACAAACAAGACAUUCUUUCAAUUAUCUAAUUUAUAUAAUCUUUAUAUUUACAAUACAUGUAUUUACACAUAUUUGAAAAUCUUAAACUUCCAAACGAACUUGGCCCGCUCUGUUGUAAUUGCGACAUCUUUUUUUUUUAAAUGACCCAUGGUUCCAAAUCCACUUUUAGUCUUUAACGAGCUCUCUGAUAGGGGUGGGAUUCGGUCGGUAAAUAAUUUACCGUUUACCGAAUUUACCGGUUGUGGUAUACCGAAGUUGGCCAAACUGAUUACCGAUUACCGAUUACCGAUUACCGAUACCGGUUUGUAACCGGUUUACCGAUUACCGAAUUACCGGUAAACGGUUACAAACCGGUAUUGCCGAAAUACCGUGAGAAGCGAUUUCGGGCGGUUUUUCGGUCGGUUUACCGAACCGAAUAUCUGAAAGUGGGGUGAUGUAAUAUUUUGAUUUUCUUGAAUUUUUUUCAUCAUUUUUGUAAUUAAUAAUUUAUUAUUAACUCUUAUUUACAAUAUUUUGAGGCCUAUACUUACAUUCAUGUAUGUAAUAUUUUAUAUUUUUGGGGGUAAAGCAACAAAACGCAGCAUAGCACUAGGGAGUAGGGAGGUGGGAUUCAGUAUCGGUGAUACCGAUUUACCGUCGGUAUUUACCGAUACCGUGUCCGGUAAACCGACUCCCCCAACUUCCCGCUCGGCUGCCGAUACCGCCGGUAACCGUUUACCGCCAGUUACCGGUUCGGUAAAACGAUAAAUCAUUUACCGGAUUACCACCCCUAUUCUCUGAUACAAUUGUUCGCAGUUUUCGAACAGUAAACACUAAGACACUGU